GCUUACAACUCUGUCUCUCGCUCUCCCUUUAGAAGAAAUGCUAGCCGUGGCGGUGCGUUAGACACAUCAACACAAUAGACGUUUUUAUUUUAUUUUUUUUAAAAGCACUGUUUUUAAAACGGGAUAGAAAAAUAAGGGGGGCGUUGCCAUGCUGGAUAAUGGCAUAUAUAUGUAUUUUUUUACCUGAACAGAAAAGAGAAGAAUAUUGCCCGAUGGCUCGCAAGAUUGCCUGCUGACAGCUGUACACGCCGCCACUUUGUGUCUGCACGAUGGCGACCGAUUUGGAGACUCCGACCACCUGUGCAGUGUCGAACUCGGGCCUCGAGCCAGACGAGGACGAGGAGCACUGGCUAUACGGGGAUGAAAAUCCAAGCAAACAAGAUGAAACGUCUCUACUUGGGUUUGGAAGUUCCUCUCAGCCUUUGCAGGAUGCUUCACAAGAAAUCCAAAUUAGUAGUCUUGAGGACAGAGAGAACACCGAACCAGUUGCUCAAAGUGGUGAAGAUGAUGAAGGGGAAGAAGACAGUGAAAGCGACAGUGAUGAAGAUGAUGUGAAAGUCACCAUUGGAAAUAUUAAAACAGGAGCUCCAUCUUACAUGGGCACCCCGAUGAACUUAAAUCUAAAGACGGGACGUGGGUAUGGACCUUCUCUAACAAACAAGCUGCAGCCAAAAGGCAUAGAUUUAGAGGCUUCAGGAAACAUCAGUGGACUACCAGUGUUAGAAGUGGAUUUGGAUUCCUUUGAAGACAAGCCUUGGAGGAAACCAGGGGCUGACCUUUCUGACUACUUUAACUAUGGCUUCAAUGAAGACACUUGGAAAGCUUAUUGUGAAAAGCAGAGGAGGCUUCAGCUGGGCCUGGAACCAAGUCUUCCAAACAACACAGAGAAUAAAAUUACAGUUCAGCAGGGCAGAACUGGCAACACCGAAAAAGAACCAGAGCCUGUCCCCAAGCAGGAAUUCUUACAAGAGUUUGCAUCUCCUACUGGAGGCAGAGUGAAAGCUGGUCCCCCACCAAAUAGCUGCAGUCAGUUUUGGAUGUGCUCAGAUGGAGAAGAGGAAGCAGUCCCUUUCAGAAAGUUGGGUGGAACAAUUGAUGUAAUUGGUGGGCAGACUGGAGCCAUACGAAGAGUUGAAGGGAGGAGAAGAGAGAAGCAUGGAUCUGAGGAGAAUCCAAUCCAGGUUCUUGGAGACCACGGAAACAAGACACAGCAAUUUACACCUUCCAGUGGGCCUCCUCCACCACCUCCUCCCAUUGCUGCACCUCCACCCCCACACUUCUUGCAACCUCCUCCUCCCAUUACCAGUGUUCCUCCUCCACUGCACCCUCCAGCUAUGACCAGUUGACGACAGAUGAGAGGA